CCCAUCCUAUUACCUAUGGAGAUGUGGAAGCUGAAGAAUGCUGUGAUGGAAUUUUCAUUUUUUGGAAGAAAUGUAGAAGAAAUCCCAUGUUUCAAGAGUUCUUUUAUGACAGGAAUAUUAAGUGGAUUUGGAAUUGGAAUGGCACAUUUCCUGGCAACUAGUCGAGUGAAGCGCUCAGCAGACUUUGGUUUUUACUCUUUCAUUACAAUAACUUUGGUAUACUGGACUUAUUGCCGGUAUAAAUGGUCUAAAGAUCGUUUCAUCUACAGACAGAUUCAAAGUGGUUUGCAAAAAGCUGCAGUUCUAGAAGGUACUGAAAAGGAUCCCAAUCAGACCAUUAAGUUAGAUGAAGCAUAAUUUAUGCACAUAGUUUUAUAGAUUAUUGGAAUUUUAAGUGUACAGUUAUAGAAAAAUAAAGGCUUUGAAAGCGUGUGAAACAUACAGCCUUUUUUAUAGCAUUAAAAACACAUUAAGUGGCGAAGCUACAUGUAUGUGUGGAUGUAAUGUAUAAAAGAUAAUAAAAACUUGCAUGGACAAAGUACAUCAACAUGAUAAAUGGUCCACAUGUAAUUUUUUAGCAAUUAUUAGACAAAUCUGUAGAAUUUAUAUGGAGAAAAUAAAAGGAUUGAAAUAAACUC